UCUUUCAAAACGUAAAAGUGUCACUUUUCAAUUUGUAAAGUAGUAGUGUGUCGCGUAAAAUAUGAUGGCUUGCGAUAUAUAAAUACUUUCAUUUUGUUAUGAAAUAAAGCGAACGUACUGGUUGCUCUUAAAAAUCCGGGUUUCUUAGUGUAUUUUGCAUAUAUGAUGUAUAAUACGAUCGAAGAGAUUGGGUGUUUAUAAAUGGCGAAAAUAAUAGUUUAUUUGUGUGUUGUGUAGUGAGUGGAAAUGGAUCGUCGGUGUUCACAGUCGGUGCGGACGCUAGUUUUCGACGAUUCCGAUUCUGAUCCACCCAAAGGUGGGAAGAAAAAGGAUUUGUCGGCAUCUGCGGCGCCGUCUUCAUUGAACCAAAGCGCGGAAGAUGCGAGCAAGACACGUAGCGGUAACCUUGUGCGCAUGCGUCGAUCUGCGCUCGGCAAGUCCGCACCGACUCUGUCCGUUCACGUGAAAGAGCCAUGUGCUGUGUCCCGGCGACCAUCCCGCCUGCCACCACCACCUCCUCACCAUCGCCUUUCUCUUGUUGUGGGCUCCGGACGCUGCAGCUCACCGGGCACAGGGCCGCUCUCCCCGGCGGAAGGGCCGCGCUGGCACGCUCACCAUGCCCACCCUCUGCACCACGCUUUGCUUUCAUCAAGCGUAAAGCGUGGCAAAGAGCUAGACGGUCGUCGAUGGUCGGUGGCAUCGCUCCCAUCGUCCGGAUACGGUACCACUCCAGGCAGUUCGAGUCUUUCAUCGCAAUGUUCGUCGCAGGAGCGUCUGCUGGCCGCGCAGGUAACCUGCGAACCUCCGCGCGCACCAUGUCCACAUUGCCAUCACCAUCAGAACUCACUCAACAGUUCACAAGGCAGCGGCAUGAACUGGGCGUCGCUUUCAGACAGCGGUGGAAGUGGACACGUGGCGAGGGCACCCUCUCCCUCCCCUCGAGCGUUGCCCCGGAGAGUGAGAAGUCGAAGUCUCAGUUCUCCGUCCCGAUCCCCGGGCGGCGGAAGCGGGGGAUCAGAGGGGUCGAAGGACGACGCGGUCUCGGCGAUGUCGUCUCUGUUCGCGUCGAGGUUCCCCGCUGCACAACGGGCUAUGGAUGAUAAAUUAAGAUCACUCAUCGAGGAGCUGACGGAAUUGGAUAAAAAGCCAGAUCGUAAUCCGAUCGAACGAUUCGUUCAGAGACAGGUUUUGGAAAUGGCGCGAGAUUGUCUUCAUAAAUCCGAAUCGAAGCAAGUGACUAGUAGCUAUUUCUACGACAUGGCGGACAGCUUGGAUCGUUUGUUAUGUGAGACAAGAGAGAAAUCAGCUGAAGCUGGGGCCCAAGUGGCUCCUCUAGUCACCCGACUGACUCUUGCAAUGGCGCGACCAGCUCGGCUUCUUGAGUGCUUGGAAUUCGAUCCUGAGCGCUUCUAUAGGCUGUUGGAAGCGGCUGAAGGACACGCAAGACAUUUGCAGGGAAUGACGACGGACAUCCCGCAGUACAUCAUCCACAAGCUGGGCCUGUCGAAGGACCCGCUGGCGGAGCUGCACGUGCCGCCGCCGCCGCCGCCGCCGCAGAGCUGCUCGCCCUCCAAAGUGCGCGGGCGUCAGUCCCCACCAGGCGCGCCGGGCUCGGGCUCUACACCCCCCUCGGAGAAUGAUUAUCAGGUCAUCAAGCUCAUCUCCAACGGAGCCUAUGGCGCCGUCUAUCUCGUCAAACACAAACAGACGAGACAGAGAUACGCGAUGAAGAAAAUAAGUAAAAACAAUUUGAUAUUAAGAAACCAAGUUGAACAAGCGUUCGCUGAAAGGGACAUUUUAAGUUUCGCUGACAACCCUUUUGUGGUGACGAUGUACUGCUCGUUCGAGACGAAGCGCCACCUGUGCCUGAUCCUGGAGUUCGUGGAGGGCGGCGACUGCGCCACGCUGCUGCGCGCCGGCCCGCUGCCGCCCGACAUGGCGCGCCACUACUUCGCGGAGGCCGUGCUGGCCGUCGAGUACCUGCACUCCUACGGCAUCGUGCACCGCGACCUCAAGCCGGACAACCUGCUCAUCACAGCAACGGGUCACAUCAAGCUCACUGACUUCGGACUCAGCAAGAUGGGUCUCAUGUCACUGGCGACGAACCUGUACGAGGAGUACGCGGACCGCGAGGCGCGCCAGUUCUCUGAUAAGCAGGUGUGCGGCACGCCCGAGUACAUCGCGCCGGAGGUCAUACUGCGGCAGGGCUACGGCAAACCUGUGGAUUGGUGGUCGAUGGGUGUCAUACUCUACGAGUUCAUCGUGGGCUGCGUUCCGUUCUUCGGUGAUACACCGGAAGAACUCUUCGCGCAUACUGUCAAUGACGACAUCGAGUGGCCGUCCGAGGACGACUUCCCCAUCGCGGUGGAGGCGCGCGCCAUCAUCACGGAGCUGCUGGCGCGCAACCCGCGCGACCGCCUCGGCACGGCCGGCACGCACCAGGUCAAGGAACAUAUAUACUUCUACGGUCUGGACUGGAACAAUCUACUGCGACGUAAGGCUGAGUUUAUACCACAGCUCGAGAACGACGAGGACACCAGCUACUUUGACAGUCGCUGCGACCGCUACAACCACAGCGAGGCGGAGACGGACGAGGCGGGCGAGGCGCCCGAGGCGGACGAGGCGGGGCUGUUCGCCGCCUUCUCCUCCACCUCUCCGCAGUGGCGGCGACACUACCACCACUCGCACUCCGCGCUCGAACACGACUCCAGGAGCACGGACAGCUGGCCGGGCACGCCGGACAGCGCGGGGCCGCCCACCACGCCCACCGCGCCCGCGCUGCACCACCAUCCCAAGUGCCCUAUGGUGGGCACGGGCGGCGGGUCGACGGCGGAGUCGUCGCAGACGGACUCGGACGACGUGUCGCCGGCGGCCCGGCGCCGCGCCGCGCUGCGCCCGCUGCCGCCGGCGCUCGCGCACGCGCACGCGCACGCGCCGACGCUCGCGCACGCGCACCCGCACGCGCACGCGCACCCGCUGCACGCGAGCCAUGCUGCGCUCCUACCCCGCCUACCGGAUGUAGCGAAAAAGGACGAUAAAGGCAUAGACAAGCUGGACAAGGGUAAACCUUCAGCUCUUGCGGCGCCGAAGUCUAUGAGACGGUCGGCGAGCACCUCCGGCCUCUCGCUUGUUAUUCAUCCGGCGGACGACAGCGCGGCGCCGGCGGGCGGCGCGGCGGGCGGCGCGGCGGGCGGCGCGGCGUCCCCGUGCGCCGGCAACACGUCGUCCACCAACUCGUCGCGGGACUCCUCCCCCUGCCGCGACCCGCCCUCGCCCUUCGCGAUCGCCAAUCACUCUUCGUUCCUUAGGCUGAUCCAGUCGUCGAAGCCUCCCAUCGUGGUACGUCGCGGGCCGCGGGGCUUCGGCUUCACUAUCCACACCGUGCGCGUGUACUACGGGGACACUGACUACUACACCAUGCAUCAUCUCGUCUCGGCGGUGAGUGAGCAAGGUGCGGCCUGGGCAGCGGGACUCCGCGCAGGAGACCUCAUCACGCAGCUCAACGGAGAAUCCGUGCAGGGACUGUUGCACACACAGGUUCUAAGGUUGUUGCUGGCAGCGCCGCACGCAACACUACGCGCUACGCCUUUGGACCAAACCACUAUCCAGGCGGGAGGUCGCCGGCGCGCUGGCGGGCGUCGCGCGUCUGCGCCGCCGCGACCGCGACCGCGACGGCGCUGCUCGCUGUUCCGCCGGAUAUCCACCAAGCGCGCCUCGCAGGAAAUGCACCAGAUAGUGUCAGGUGCGUCUAGCGAGCUGCCGUCCCCCGCCGCGUCACCCGCCGCAGACUCCCCCCUACAUACUACGCACCCCACCACUCACUACCAGCGCCCGUCGUCCCUGCACGGGCUGAAGCACAAGCUGGGCGGCGAGGUCCGGCGCGCCUCGCUGCAGCACAUGCCGCUGUCGCCGCUCGCGCGCACGCCCUCCCCCUCCCCGCAGCCCGCGCCCGCCUCCCCCACCAGCCGCGGCUGCGAGGCGCGCAGCCCGUCCCCGCUGGCGGCGCGCGAGUGCCGGCGCGCGUGGCCGCGCCGCGACCCCGCGUCGCCGCUGCUGCGCCGCGCGCUGUCGCCCGACAGACUGCACCCCCGCUCGGCGGAGGCCAAGUGCUCGAUCUCGCCGCUGUGCUGCGCGGCGGGGGGCGGGGCGGCGGCGCGGCGGGGCGGGGCGUGGCGCGCGCCCGCCCCCGCGCCCCCCACGCCGCCGCCGCCCGACAAGCCCGACGAGCCCGCGCUGCCUCGCAUCGCCGAGGAGAAGGACUCGCCCACGCACCACGCGGCUAGGAUACCCGUUAGGACACCGGCAAAACAGACUACGCCUAGUAUUUUCACGUCGUCGCCCAAGGCGAGCUUAGACAAGUCUGCCUUCGAACCGAACACAUCAUUCGCUUCGCUGUCGCUCUCCGACGAAUCCUACAUCGACAGCAGUAUGGACGUGUCCAACUUAGACACGUCACGUGAUAUUAAUAUCGAUGACAGCCGCUCAAGUACUGAAGCGACUAUUCCGACAUUAGAUCUCAGUAAAAAACUCUCAACGACACAAGAAUCAACACCGAGCGCCACAGAAGUGCAGCCGAAAUCCAGAAAAAAAUCAGACUCCAGUCUCAAAGAUGAAGACUUCAAAACAAAAGAGAAAAGUAAAAAACAUGAGAAGGAGUUGAAGAAACAAGAUUCGAUUAAGAAAAUAGAAAAGGUCGAAUUGAAAAUAGAAGAGAGACACCCCGAAGUCCCAAAGGUUGAAGAGAAAACGAAGCACGAAAAAACGAUGGAGCGUAGCGGGUCAGUCAGGAAGUCAGAGAAGCAAGAGAAGGAAGCAAAAGAGAAGAAGCAAGAAAAGCAAGAGAAGGCCGAGAAAAAGCAAGAGCAAAAGGAAGCGAAGAGAUCGGAGUCAUUGAAGAAAAGCGAAGGAUUGAAAAAGCAGGAAUCUUUAGAAGCUAAUAAGUCCCCGGAGGCGGAGGGCGAGGGCCGCGGUCGCAGCAGUAUGGUCAGCAAGCUGCUGGGGGUGAUGGGUCGCAAGCGGGACGAUGACGACCAUCGCUCCAAGAGGGACAAACAUGCCAAGAAAAAGAAUACUCCCACCGGCCCACCGCCCCAACCACAGAUACAAAAACAGAGCGAACUACCACCGAUCGAGAAAAACAUCGACAAACAGGAAGUAGUCGAAGAUAAAAAAACGAAAAAAGGACGAGGGCGAGUCUCGAGUUCCUCGUCAGGUGAAAAGUAAGACGAACAACUCACACGUGAGUCGUGUGUUCUUCUUUGACUUCGUGAGUCUCGUGAUUGGUGAAUGCGGAUUUGUGGGCGUGUACGUUCAGAGAGGGACAGGUAUAUACUCUUUCAGUGAGAGUAAAUGGAUAAGAUAUAUUUUGGUCACUUUGUCGUUUAUCUGUAUUCCCUUUUUGAGGUAGUGUAAAUGUACCCGUAGAGUAGUUUUGAAAAAAGUUUAUAUUUUUUAAAUGUACCUUAAAUCUGUGUAAUGGAGUACAAUGGAAGGCACAAACGGAUAAAUGUUUCACUUGAACUGAGCAAGCUUCUAUUUAUAAAAUAAGUGAAUAUUUUUUCAUUACUUCAUACGAUUGAAAUGUUCAGUCUGCUGGAUGGAUAGACUUUUAAAUUAUAACAAUACUAGCAUUGAACGCGUUUCGAUUAUAAGUGUAGCUUGAACUAAUGAUUUUCAUAAAAUUUAUAAAUUUAACGUAACGUGAGAACACGCUGAUUGAAUGCUUGGUUUGAUUCUUCGACCUGUAUAUGUGCUAAUGCAAACAAGCACACUUGUGUUACGUCACGCCAACGUCACGUGACCAUUGAACGUUGGCUUUUAAUACUUAAGGAUCAUUACACACUGGCGUGAUUAAACAGAACUUUUUUUUUUAAAUUAUGCAUACCAAGAAUGUAAUAAAAUGUUUGAACGCGCGUGUGUGUACGAUACCUUAAUUAUAAAUUUCUCUUAAUCACAUAUUGCUCUUAUCUAAAGCUAAUGAAAUAAUUAAUUUCAAAAUAUGAUUGUCAUAUAUCUAUGACAAUCAUAUUUCAUAUAAAAUGAUUUAUUUUGAAUAAUAUUAUGUUCGUAUGUUUCUUAAUCGACUACGCUCGAUUGUUUCGUUCUAAGUCGAGUAAUGUUAUGGAAUUGGCGUGAUUUUUUUAAUCAUUAAAAAAUUAUAUAUUAGUAAGAAUUAUAUUUUUUGGCGAGUGCUGCGAGUACAAAAAUUUGCAAUAAGUUCGCGUUAAUUUCUCAUAAGCUUUUUUUUAAAUUCGAGAUGGCCCAGUGGUAAGAACGCGUGAAUCUUAACCGAUGAACGUGGGUUCAAACCCGGGCAAGCACCUCUGAAUUUUCAUGUGCUUAAUUUCUGUUUAUAAUUCAUCUCGUGCUUUUCGGUGAAGGAAAACAUCGUGAGGAAACCUGCAUGUGUCUAAUUUCAUCGAAAUUCUGCCACAUGUGUAUUCCACCAACCCGCAUUGGAGCAGCGUGGUGGAAUAAGCUCCAAACCUUCUCCUCAAAUAGGGAGAGGAGGCCUUAGCCCAGCAGUGGGACAUUUACAGGCUGUUACUAUAUAUAUAUAUAUACACUAUUUUAUUUAACGAAACAUAUUUGUAUGUGCGUUUAAUUAAUUUUGUUUCAGAAUUUUAAACCAAUUCCACAAAACAUAUUGUGUUGAAAUUCCUCACGCAUAUUCCAUGCAGCUGGCAAUACAAACUAAUAUAUAAAAUCAUCUUCGUUUACAGUACAUGGAUUAAAUAUAAAUGCUUGUUAUUAAAACGGUUAUUUGUUAAAUUAAAAAAAAAAAAUCUAGAAACAUCAUUUGUAAAUAUUAUUUAAAUAUCGAACGUUUUAUACUACAAUUUGAAAUUUAAUUAUUCAUAAAAAAAAUAUCAAUUAUAGUAUGGAUAGAACACGCCCUGUGAUACCCAUUCAUAUGUUAUUUCUACAGUCAAACAAGAAUAUUUUUGUUGUGUUCCGUUUUAAUAGGGUAGUAAGGUUAUUGCAGGCGUGGUUGUCGGCGCUUCGACAAUGUGAUAGGCGCUUAAUAUUUCUUUCCAAUAUCUGGAUGGCUGCGACCACUUAACCUCAAUUUGUAUUUCCCUCCCUUUCUAAUAUAAAUUUAUUAUAUUAUAAUUUAGUCUAGGAAGAGCGAUAUGUGAAUGAGGGUGAAAAAUCGUAUAAUGUAUUAUAAUAUUAAUUAAUAGUUUGACGUGCAAGGUUCAUAAUGUAUUGAUGUUGUUUAAAUUGUAAAAAUAAAUGCUGUUAGCUUUUCUUAGUCUGUGAAUAAUAAGCUUUAGUCUCAAUUGAUUCUCUAAACCACGGAGCAGCGUGGUGGAAUAAGCUCACGAGCCCAGCAGUGGGAUAUUAUGAUUAUUAUUUUAUUGGCUCAAUGACAGGGCUUUAAGAAUUUCGUAAGGAGAGUUAUAACGAUUUUGUAAUUAUAUUUCGUUCAAAAAUUUUACAAUAAUUUAUAAAUAUUUUAUUAAUACAUUUUUUUUUUAAUUUUUAAGUGUAAUGACGAUGAUUACUAAUUUAAAUAAUUAAUAUAUUUUUUAAUAAUGUUUCAAGCCCUGUCUUCAGUAUUAGAAAGAGGCGUUUUACUAUAAUUACUAAUUUUCGAACGGCGUUCGCUUGCUUAAGAAACUUAAAUAAUGAAAGAAUUUUUCGUUAUUAAUCUCAUAGCUUAGUUAAUGAAUACGUAUAACAUAAAUGUAACAGGACGGUGUUGCAUGAAAUAUUGAAAAAAAAAAUGCAUAUUUGUAGUUCAUUGAAAAUUAUAGCUCAGGGAACUAUUGACGAAUACCUCUCGACUUUAAAUGGUGCUAAUGUAAUUGCAAAAGGUCGUUUGUAAAAAUUGAAUAACAUUUAUAAUAUAAACUUUAUGCUCUACCGCAAAGGAUACAUUUUUUUCUUAUGGCCUUUUGCACUAACAUUAGUGAUGUUGUUUUUUUUUUUAUAUAACAAACAGUGAUUGCAGGUUGUCAAAUGAUGUUCCUCCGUUUCCAAAGUACAAUUGAAAUCGCAGUACGGUUUUUUUUUAAUUACUUCGAUUGUCGACCCUAUACUGUUUUUUUCUGCUUUGUUUAAUAAUUUCAGGACAAUUUGGUGAGUCCAUUGUUACGAGUUUAUUAUUAUUAUUAUUAAUAAUAAGUUUAAGAGUAUAGUUUUUUCAUAAAAGUUUUCGAUUUAGAUAUAAGGUAAUUGUUGUGAUAAUAUUUUAACUAUUACUUACUUAAUUUUUCGUUUUCUUAUUCUGGUUUUAUCUGUAUUUUUUUUAAUCUGUAUAUUCACAACGUUAACCUCAUUGUGCUUUAUUGAAAUAAUGCACGCAAAUAUUGAUUCGAUAACAAAUUCGUAUUUUAUUUUUCUCUCAAACGAUGUCAUUUUCAAUUUUCGUAAAUUUUAAACGACAACUAUCGAAACUAUUUCUAUUACGUCUAGAAACCCUAUUGAUAGGCGAAGUAAGAUAAAGAAGAUACAUAUAUAAUCUGUAAUGUGCAAAAGAGAUAGCAACCUACAUAUUAGGCUACAGUUUUUAAGAAACUACCCUCUAUAUUCUUAGAUCUUCUACAUGUUAAACCUUUAUAUAUAUACGGUUAGAUAUGAAAGUAAGUUGAUAAUGGGACGACGAAAAUCAAUAUUAAUCCAUAGUUAUUUAGUGAUUAUGGUGUACCAACCCGCAUUGGAGCAGCGUGUUGGAAUAAGCUCCAAACCUACUCCUCAAAAAAAGGGGAGAGGAGACCUUUAGCCCAGCAGUGGGACAUUCACAGGCUGUUACGGUACGGAUUAUGGUGUAUGGCUUAGGUAUUUUGAUGGGCAUCAUAAAAAAACUAUAAACUAUAUCAUAUAAAUAUGAAUAGUUUGAUUAAAUUCGAAUUCAACGAUCGAACGAUUAUAAUUUUCGAAUCGCAAAUUUUCCAGCGUAUAUAAAAAAAUUAAUACAGUGCCAUAUUGCUGAUGAAUCUAUUGCUCUUACCGAGAGUGUAGAAUUCGUGACUUCGAUUAUAAUUUCUAAAUUCAAUUCGUGACAUGUUUAUUUUUUAUCGAAUCUUAAUUUUUUUUAUUACGAAAAGUUUUAAUCACAUUUUUUUCCGUUUUUAACUAGUAUUAUCAUUCAGAGGCUUGUCUUCCAGCACUUGUGUCGUUGUAUAUAUAAAAUAUUUUUUUUUGUUCUAAUUUGUAUAAAAAAAUUAAUCUAUGAGUUUAAUUUUAAUAACAAUAUUAUAUGCAGAAUUACGUUUAUACGAUAAACGUAACAUUAAAUAAUAUGUAAAUGAUAAUACAUACAUACAUACAUACAUUAUACUUCAAUCUAAUUAAGUAGAUUAACCAGAUUCAGAUAUUUAAUUAGUUAUCGUGUAACAGAGUAAACAUACAUUCAUAUUUAAUAUAAAUGUCUUGAUUUAAAAAAAAAAAAAAUUAUUACAUGUCGAAUAUAACGCAUUAAAAUUAAAAAGUCUUAAAAUGCAAAUAUAAGUAAAUAUGUACAAAUGAUUAUGAUAGCAAUAAUACUUAAAUGUCAAAUUUUCAUCAUUUAAUGUAUACAAAUUAAUUAAACAUCCGUUUUAGAAAUAGCUUCAUACUUAAAAGCAUUCCAUAACAGCGUUAUUAUCCUUUAUAAUGUAAAGAAAACUAAUAUUCUUAUAUAUUACUAAAUGUAUUAAUUGGACGAUACCUUACUUAUUAAUUCUUUUAAUUUUACAAGAAAUAAUAAGUAAUAUUAUUGUUUUGCAGACGGUUCAUUAAAACACGAGCUCUUAAUACUGCAGAUGUUUUUAAAAAGCUUACAUUUUUGAACAAUAUACAAUAACAAAAAUGCUGAAGCUUAUAUAGUAUAACACAUUCAAUGUUCUCAAAUUUAUUGUAAAUAACACAAAUUUAAAUUUCAGUUAAAAAUCAUAAGUUUUUAUUUUUUAAUAAAAAUUGUUUUCUUUUGUUAAUAUAAUCACACAUGAAGUACAGAUAAUUAUAGAUUUUUGAUUAUUUUAUCGUGAAUGUGUAAUUUUGUUUUUUCAUUUAAAAUUUUUUAAACAAUAUUUUCAUAUGCGUUUUUAUAAAUACUCAUUGGUUGAUUAAUUAUAGUUUGCUCCUAAUUUUAGUAAGGCAGUACAGGGUAAAGGUGUGUACGCAUCGCCCUAAUUUAUUUAUUCGUUAAAAUUAAUUAUCAAAAGUUCACACGUUAAUUACGUAAUAUUGAGACCAAAAUAAACAAUGAAUUAGUGUACGCCUGAGCAAAGAUUGUUUUGGGACCAUCGCUUUAAAUUUUAUAUUUGAAUAUGUUAAAAUUUCUUAAGAAAUAAUUUCUAUCCUUUAGCAAAUUUAAAUAUGUUCAGAAUUGUAUGAAAUAUGAUAAAAUGAAAUUCAAUAAUAGGCUAAGUUCACAUUUGUUGUAUGAUUAGGUCGCGUGUACAUUAUGAUGAGCUUAUUGUAGUAUUAUUUCAUUUUUAAAUACUGUGUUGCCUGCCAUAAAAUUUUAACGCAUGAUACAAAUUGAUGUAGCGUUUAAAAUGUUGAAUGUGAUUUUGUAAUAAGUGUCUAAUAGUGAGCCAGGGAAUGUUUUCUCUAUAAAUGUGUAUGAUUCGAUUAUAGAUACAAAAUAAAGUCAUGAAUAAACUGUU